AUGAAAUCGAAUAAGGAUUAUUAUAUGAAUCCAAACUUUCUACCUCAGAAAGUUACCAUGGCCCGGUUACGAGAAAUUCUGGAUACGCAUGAUAUAAGUUACACUGGCAAAGAAAAGAAAGCAGGUCUCGUAAAAAUAUUUAAUACACAAAUUCGACCACUCGUGCCAUCUUUACGAGAAAAAGAAAUGAAUAAUCAGUCAUUGAGUGAAAAUAUAGCUACGUCUUCCGGGACAUCUUCACAUUCAGAUAGACUCAUUUCUAAAGUGGCGUCUACGUCAAAGAAUAUUGAAUAUUCAAAGGUUAACGAUAAAAGUCAAAAUAAGGUGAUUUAUGGGAAAUUCAAUCCACUCGAAUUAAUAAAAUCACAAUUACCACUUCGAGGAAGGAAAAUUAUUUACGUAGCAAUAUUUGUAAUAUUAAUAUUUGGUUCAUUAAUCAAAUAUUCUAAAAUGGGAGCUGGCUUCUGUGAUAGUCAAUUACUAGAGAAUACCGAAAAUUAUUCUUUUGAGAAUAAUUGUAUUCCCUGCCCACCGUACGCCCAUUGCUCAAAUGGUAAAGUCAAUUCGUGUGAUGAAGGUUUCGAGUUAGUGUCUUCUUCUAUUCACUGGCUCAAACCAUUCACCAGUAGAUGCAUACUUGACCAUAAUCGUGAGCGAAGAGCUAAAGAAUAUACAAGACUACUUAAAAGUAUUAUUAUCGAAGAAAUUGGUAAAAAUGAAUGCGAAUGUGAUAAUCGUGAAAUUCUAUUAUUUCAGAAUCUCCUUAUUCUACUUCGUAACAAAAAAUUAGAUACUGACCAAGAUUUUAAAACUUUCGCUCAACUUGCGUUGGAAAACUUGAGAUCUGAUGAUCAUGUUAAGGUUAUCGAUGAAUCAACCGCAAACACUGAUUCGAUCUCUUCAUUUGGAACCUUAAAUACUAAAAUUUAUAAGACUAAAAUUACGUUGCUGCCGAUCGAUGAUGCGGAUUAUCUAUCCAUUAACCGAUUUUUUCUCUCGGGACUUCCUUACCGCACUAUUCUUGGAAUAUUGAAAUUAGAUAUGCCAACUAAGCUUGUAGAAGCUCAUGAAAAAUAUAAGAAACAGAAUUAUGGUAUGCUAACACAUAGGAUGUUCCAUGGCACAAGAUCUUUAUGUGAUUCCCAACGAUUUAUCACAAAUCCACGAGCUGAAUUUUGUAAAUCUGGUUGUGGUGUAUGUGGAAUCGUGCAAGAAGGUAACAAAAUAAAAUGUGCUUCUAAUCGCCACCAUAUGUGGUUUGCCAACAGUUCAUCAACAUCAUAUAAUUAUUGCAACACAUCUCUUAUGUAUAGUUGUUAUAAUGACAAAUAUUAUUCAACUACAAAUGCAAUGUUUGUUGUCGAUGUUGUUGCUAGAUAUUAUGAAUCAGUUCUCAUAGUUGAACGUGAAGAGGCUGCUAUACCAAAAUAUCUUAUCUUAUUUCAAUGA